GAUCCGAUUACGUGUUUUUCUGCAUUCACACUGUCCUGUUUAUCUAUCCUUCCCAUUGCUUGCGCCGGAGGACCGACACCGCUCGAGGAACAUAGCCAGUCUGUCUGUAUUGCGGCGUGUGCAUGCAACUUUACGAGCGGCGCUUUCAAGCCAAUUAAUUCUGCAACCCAUAAAACAUACAAGAGGCGCUCUUUGCUUUUAAAUUGAACGGAUGACGAGCACCUCUUUCAUGGAACUGAAAGCUUCCCUUGUAAUUGCAACACUACUGCAUGAGCUCUGACACCUGUUCGUAGGACCUUGAAACUUCAUCCAAGAUCUGCAUCACUCCGCUGACCACCCAGAGCCACGUCAACGCAGAGUGAAAUCCAGAGAAGUAACUUCCAACUCUCAUCCCUGUCUCACGGCCACUGAAGAAGAACCACAGAGAGCGCCCAGCACUACACAACGGACAACAAAGGGAAAACAGGUGGAGCCGGAGCUAGGCAGCCCCGGGCCCAGCAGAAGCUCUUCACCAUGGACGUGGAUGAAGAAGAGAACAUGAGUUCGAGCAGCACCGAUGUUAAGGAAAACCGUAACCUGGACAACGUCUCCUCCAAAGAGGGGGCAGCUGUAGGUGAGCAGCUCCCCAAUGGCAGUGGCGGGGGCAGCAGGAAGCGCCCCCUAGAGGAGGGCAACAAUGGCCACACGCUGUCCAAGUUCCGGGCCAAGAAGCGUAAGAAAACACCGGGCCCGGUUCUACCAAAAAAUGCACUUAUGCAGCUGAAUGAAAUCAAGCCGGGGCUACAGUAUAAGCUGCUGUCUCAAACAGGUCCGGUCCAUGCUCCCGUGUUUGUCAUGACCGUUGAGGUCAACGGACAACUGUUUGAGGGCUCAGGUCCGACUAAGAAGAAGGCCAAGCUGAAUGCGGCCGAAAAGGCCCUGCGCUCCUUUGUCCAGUUCCCCAACGCCUCCGAGGCGCACCUGGCUAUGGGCCGGACACUGACAGUCAACACGGACUUCACAUCCGACCAGGCCGACUUCCCAGACAUGCUCUUCAAUGGGUUUGAGACGCCCGCACCACCCGAGGACUCCUUUUACCUGGGAUCCAAUGGCAGCGGCUCCUUAAACUCGCUGGGAGAGUAUCCCCUGCCCUCCACGCCAGGUGCUAACCUUGCCCAGGCACCGUUGCCCCCUCCCUCCUCCUUCACCUCAAACUCGAGCGGAAAGAAUCCCGUCAUGAUCCUCAACGAGCUGAGGCCGGGCCUCAAGUACGACUUUGUGUCGGAGAGCGGUGAGAGCCACGCCAAGAACUUUGUCAUGCAGGUGUCGGUGGACUCACAGCAGUUUGAGGGCUCUGGACGAAACAAGAAGCUGGCCAAGGCCCGGGCCGCCCAGGCAGCCCUCUCCGCCCUCUUCAACAUGCAGCUGGACCAGACACCCUCCCGACAGCCCAUCCCCAGAGAGGGACUGCAGCUCCACCUACCCCAGGUUCUCGCCGACGCCGUCUCUCGCCUGGUGGUGGACAAGUUCAGCGAGCUGACGGACAACUUCACCUCGCCCCACGCGCGACGGAAAGUCCUGGCGGGAGUUGUCAUGACAACAGGCACAGACGUGAAAGAGGCCCAAGUGAUCUGCGUCUCCACGGGCACCAAGUGCAUCAAUGGCGAGUACAUGAGCGACCGCGGCCUGGCACUCAACGACUGCCACGCAGAGAUUAUCGCCCGCCGCUCGCUCAUCCGGUACCUCUACGCCCAGCUAGAGCACUUCCUAAGCAACAACAAGGAGGAGCAGCAGAAGUCUAUUUUCAUGCGCUGUGACAAGCGUGGCUACCGGCUAAAGGACAACGUCCAGUUCCACCUCUACAUCAGCACCUCGCCCUGUGGAGACGCACGCAUCUUCUCGCCGCAUGAGGCCGGCAUGGAAGACCAAGGAGACCGCCACCCCAACCGGAAGGCACGGGGCCAGCUGAGGACCAAGAUAGAGUCUGGGGAGGGGACCAUCCCUGUGAGGACCAGCAACACCAUCCAGACAUGGGACGGGGUGCUGCAGGGAGAGAGGCUGCUCACCAUGUCCUGCAGUGACAAGAUCGCAAGAUGGAACGUGCUGGGUAUCCAGGGAUCUCUGAUGAGCUACUUCACGGAGCCCAUCUACUUCUCCAGCAUCAUCCUGGGCAGCCUGUACCACGCCGACCACCUCUCACGGGCUAUGUACCAGCGCAUCGCCGACAUCGAGGACCUGCCCCAACAGUUCAGCCUCAACAGGCCUCUACUGAGCGGCAUCAGCAACGCAGAGGCGAGGCAGCCGGGCAAGGCGCCCAACUUCAGCGUGAACUGGGCAGUGGGCGACCAGGCGCUGGAGGUCAUCAACGCCACCACGGGCAAAGACGACAUGGGGCGCGCCUCGCGCCUCUGCAAGCAUGCCCUCUACAGCCGCUUUAUUCGCCUGCACUCCAAGUUGUCAUCCACACUGAGGAUCAAGGUGUCCAAGCCCAGCUCGUACCACGACGCCAAGGAGGCGGCUGUAGAGUACCACAAUGCCAAGCAGACGCUGAUCAAGGUCUUCCACAAGUCGGGCCUGGGGGCCUGGGUGAAGAAGCCCAUCGAGCAGGACCAGUUCUCCCUCAACUCCUGAUCGGGCGAUUAGGGGGGAACCUCUUCACUCAACCCACCGCACCCCAACCCCACUCUCUAGACCUGAGAGAGGCUCUUCGAAUCUACCAGCCACUGAGACUUCACGUGUGUGCGUGCGUGUGUGUGUGUGUGUGCAUACAUGUGUGUGUGUGUGUGUGUGUGUGUGUAUAUGUCUGUCUGAGUGUGUGUAUGAGAAAUAAUGCACGUGGUUCUGGCCUCCUCCCUCCGUCCCCAAUCACUCUGCUCUCAUUCCUCAUCGCUGUGACGUCAUCACUUGCUGUGUCUGUCUGUUUGUUUUAAACCAACUAAAAUUCAAAUACCUUUUUAUGUCCUUAUGGCAAUAAAAAUGUAUGGUAUUUUAAACUGGAAUCCUUUUUAGUCCUUUUGUUUUUGUUUUUUAAGAUUUUACAUGAUUUUACCAUGUAGUUACUAUAUAAGUACUUCUGUAACUAGAAUGUACAAUGAUUGGCCUGAUUCCAUUUCUGUCAUUCAGUUAAAUGUCAUUUCACUAGGAAACCCAAAUGCCGUAUGACUUCAUGGUAUAUUUUUUUUACGUAUUGUGAGAUUUGACCUUUUCUUUUCCUAUUUUAUUACAUUCUUGCCCCUGUAUUAAAAGCACAUAGGACAUGAUGCUAAAUACUCAUCCAAAAUGGUGGUUACAGUCAUUGAAUCAUCAUUCAUUUGAAAUAUUCUCUUGUCAACAUUUUACGCUUAUUUAUUUAUUUGAUGACGAUGUUGGCCAUUAAAACCAUUCCCAUUCCUAUUCCAUACUUGAACAGGGGCCCUGGUGGAGGCUGUUGAUGAUUCCCCUCGAGUCCUUUGGCCUAGGGAGUUUAGGGGAUUGGGUAGGCGCUGCACGUUUUUUCUUAUUGACUUAAGCCAUGGCUUUGCAUGGGAACUGUCUCCGAGGUCUGCAGAGCUGAUUUGGUAGGGAACCACCAGGAUCUCCUCGAGUGAAUUUUGAAUGCCAGCAUCUUAUUUCUGCACAGGCAGCUUCAAAUCAUUUUUCUCUCUUUGUGUUUGUUUUUUGGGGAGGGAGGGGCUUUGUUUUUAGAAUUGAAACUUUUGACUCUUUUUUUUGUGAGGAUUGAAGGAUUGCACUGCAACUGAAUAAUGACAGGAAUUAAGUAUUUCCAUCAAUGACACUGCAUAGGAGCUACAUUACACCUCCAUAAGCAUGAGCCUCAUGGACAUUAUGCAUCCAUGCCCUGGGCAUUUAUAAAUGCUUAUGUUAACAACCUCAGUUUGAAAUGUCAUGGUCAUGCUACACAAUACAAGUAAGGUGACAUAACACAUCUUGUGUCAAUCUGGGGUUGUUAUGAAGGUGUAAAGUAGUCCAUAUGUCAUGUCAUUCAUAGAGAGCUGGGAAGAGCUUAUGUCAUCAUUUAAAUACCUUUUAAAGGCCCAAUGCAGCCGUUUUAUAUCAAUAUCAAAUCAUUUCCGGGUAACAAUUAAGUACCUUAAACUGUAAAGAUUUUUUUUAACAAAAAGCAAGAAUUUUGUUGGACUUUCUGGGAGUAAACUAGCUGUUAUUGGCAGAGAGGUUUGGAACUUUCUUUGUUAUUGGUCUAUUAACCAAUUUACAGCAUGUGAUGUCACCAUGGAAAGCCAAAACUCCUGCCCAUGCAAACCUGCUGAUUAAAAAGUCCUGUGUAGAUUGUAUUUUCAACCAGCAACUAUCAGGAAAUAACACUGAUCAACAUUGUUUCACACUUUUCUAGUGUUAGUUUAAUCAGCUGUUGUACACAAUGAUAUAAAACACAGGAAAAACUGCACUGGGCCUUUAAAGGCAACACGAAUGCUGAUUGCUCAUUGUGUGAGUAAACUUCCAAGGGAACACAAAGAAACGCAUGAGAGUUUUUACAAAGUUGAGUUUGGUACCACCCACCCACCAAAUGACCAAUCUGUGUAUGCUCACUCCAAGUCCUAUUGGUCCAUAUACCUGGGUAUUCUAUAAGCCCUGUUCUCCACUGUCUGCCGUGUGCUAAUCUUUUCUAUUUCAACUAUUUCUACAACAUGAUAAACUCUGGAUGCCAGUAAUGACAACUUGGUCAUAUACCUGUAAUAUCAGCAUUGUACAUUUGUUUAUUAUUGAACGUUGUGCGUUGCACUUGAUGGCCAGUGACAAACCACAAUUUGAACCGACACGCUGCAAAGGGAUUGAUAUUAUGAGAUAUUCUUUACUUAGUGUAUUUUUAUAUCCAAUAUAUUUGGUUCAAAACAGCAGGGGAAGGUGUUUGGUUUGAGUCCAGCAUUGUGUGUGUGUGUGUGUAUGUCUAGAGUGAGGUGUGUGUGUGUGUGUGUGUGUGUGUGUGUGUGUGUGUGUGUGUGUGUGUGUGUGUGUGUGUGUGUGUGUGUGUGUGUGUGUGUGUGUGUGUGUGUGUGUGUGUGUGUGUGUGUGUGUGUGUGUGUGUGUGUGUGUGUGUGCGCGCGCGUGUGUGUGCAUGACACAGCUCGAUAAACGUCAUAACAGGAUAUUAGAGAUUGCUGUGGAAUCUUCACCAAAGAUUAUGUCCUUGUGUUUUCCCACAAUUUUCUUUUGAGCAAAAAAAAAAAAAAAGGGAAUUAUUUUUUUAACACCUGUGUUUCUCACACACAAAUUGCUGAUUAAAAUAUUACAAUGUUUUAGUUAUUGUACUUUCAUUUGACCAAUUUAUUUGAUUUGUAUAGAACAAUGGGUUUGUGUUCUGUUGUAUUCCAGCUUCGUGAUGGAAUCUUACUUGUCGGGCUCUUUCAGUAUAUCUGUAGCUGUUGAUUACCAAGGUGUAAAUAUUGUGAACCUCUCUGAUGUUAUAUUGCCGUGGAAUGAUGGGGAUGGGAUUAAUACUGGUUAAAAAUGUGAUGCCUGUGCAACUAUUCUUCCUUCACUGUCUAGUUCUUGUCUGUCCCCCCCCCCCCCCCCCCAUGAAACUGCUGGGAUGUAUUUGAUUUGUUUUUGUCCUUUACUUAGAACUCUUUAAAAAAAGCUUGUCAGGUUCUUUCACUGCAAUGGCCAGAGAUUUGCUAGUCCUUGUAGAGCAAAAGUUAAAUGUCCUGUGUUGCUGUGUCCUUGUGAUACAAAUGUAUGUUCGGAAUCAUGUACGUCCCCCCUACCCCCAUCGACAGAGGGGGAACCAUGCCACGAUGCAGGCCUCAGCCAAGAGAACUGGAUCAAGGUCACAAGCAAUAUAACCCCCAACGCCCCUUUUAAUGAGGCCCAACCAGGAACGGGAGCAAAAAGAAUGGCUCCCCUCCCCCUCUGUUUCCCCUUGUCGUAAUCUCUUUAUAAACUGACUGUCUGAAACUUUCUUUAAAGACUGCCUGCUUCUCUAUAGUAUGUUCCUAAUUUUUUUUUGACUGCACUAAAGAUGUCAAUCGAUGAUGUCAUGACACAAACCGUCCCCCAAAAUGGACAGGUCGAAACUAUUUCCAAGAAGCUGAACUGCAACCCUAUAACCUAGUUGUCCCCGUGGUCUAUAGUCCCCAGUCGGUCGUUUGGUCAAGACGGUCGGCCGCCCUGACCGCGUGGUGACUGGUGACUGUUAAGUGGUCCCUAUGUGGUCCACUCGGGUGGUCAGAGAACUCCUCCACCCUCCUCACCCCACGUCCGCUGUGCAACCUGUACCCGGACCACCAUCUUGCAUGUGCUCCCACUCUGAAGCUGCACCUAAAGCAUGACGACAUACUUUUAAAGGACUCGUAUGUAGAAAAAUAACGGAUAAAUAGAUAUAUUAAAAUGAGCAAAAAAAAUAAUAAAGGAGACCAUAGUUUACUUUC